AUGGCGUCGGGACGCGCUGAAAGCGACACGCCCAUGCCGACGACGGAGUUUGCCCACGAUGGCGCGACUUCGACAGUCACCGACAAGGAAUGGAAGGGCAUGACCGACGUCUUGACUAAUGUAUAUGCGCUUAGGACCGACGACGGCUACGAUCCCACGAAGCUCUUCCAGCGCAAGGUUAACAAGCGCGCGCUGCCCGAUUACUACGAGGUCAUCAAGGAGCCUAUGGCCCUGAGUGAAAUCAAGAAGAAAGUUGCGCAACAAGAAUACAAGUCGUUUGUCGAAUUCGUACACGACUUUGCCCUCAUUCCGCACAACGCGCAGGUCUACAACAGGCAGGAUUCGCAGGCCUACGUCGAUGCGUUGGAAGUCAAGAAGGCGCUCGAGCAGGAAUUGAAGAAGCUGGUCGAUACGAAGAUCGUGACCGAGGAAGUUACGAAGCUACCAUACCUUGGCGAGAUUCCUGAGCAGGAUCCGUUGCUACCAGAAGAGGAGGAAGAGGAAGAGGAAGACGAUGAGGAAGAUUUGGAUGAGGAAUUAGAAGAAGUCGAUGUCGAUGAUGAUGACGACGAUGACGAAGGAAAACGAAGGAAGAGGCGCGGGCCUCGUUCGACUGCUGCGAUCACGAAGCGUGAAUCUGGCCGAGGGGCAAAAGACGAAGCGAAGGAAGAUCCAGAGUCGCGAAAGAAGCGUGGACGGCCGCCCCGGGUGGAUACGCCUAUGGAAGCUCGAAUCAAGGCCAUCAUGAAGGCAAUCCGGAAGCCGAGGAACUCGCAAAACAAGCUCAUGGUGUCUGCCUUUGAGCGUGUUCCAGACAAAGCGGUCAUGCCUGAAUACCACGCCGAGAUCAAGAGUCCGAUGGCAAUGGAUGUAUUGAAGAGGAAGCUGAAGCGAAAGAAAUACAACUCUGUAGACCAUUUCAUGCAGGAUGUCGAGCUUAUGUUUGAGAACGCAAAGCAGUACAACGAGGAGGACAGUCAGAUCUACAAGGAUGCGGUGCACCUGCAAAAAGAGUCGCGCAAAGUUGCCGCGCAAGAGAAAGCGAAAGACGACUCGGAAUUCGUCAUGGAAGAGGGCCGCAUACCCAUGCCUAACGGUAUCCUGCACAACGGCGAGCUGUGGAAGGUUGGAGACUGGGUACACAUACAGAACGCGAAUGACCUGACGAAGCCCAUAGUAGCCCAAAUCUACCGAACCUGGCAGGAUGCGGAAGGGGCUAAAUGGGUGAACGCAUGCUGGUACUACAGACCCGAGCAGACCGUGCACCGUUUCGACCGACACUUCUUGGAGAACGAAGUGGUGAAGACUGGCCAAUAUCGCGACCACCCCAUCGAUGAGGUCGUAGACCGCUGUUUCGUCAUGUUUGUCACACGAUACAACAAGGGUCGCCCGCGCGACUUUCCAACGGAUAAAGAAAUCUACGUCUGCGAGGCACGCUACAAUGAAGAAAAUCAUAAGCUGAACAAGAUCAAGACGUGGGCAAGUUGUCUGCCGGACGAGGUUCGCGACAAGGACUACGUUAUGGACCUGUUUGACGCACCUCGGAAGCUCAAAAAGGUCCCCAGUCCAAUUGCGUAUCUACUCAAAGACGAACAAAAAGAGACGGACGACCUGCCCAAGCCAGAGUGGGGCGCUGAUAAUGCCCCGCCAAAAAUAGGUGCUGUUCACCGUCGUCCGCGUGAUCCCAAAGACUCCCCACCUCCUGAGCCCACACCUUCUCCGCCACCACAGCCCCCGCCAGCGCCAGUCAUGCCUACUCCGUCGAUACCGACUCCGCAAAUGAACGGCUACGGCGAUACGCGACAACAGUAUCCGCUCGCGGCGGCUCCUUCCCCGUCACCUAUGCCUGCACCGACGCCACAGCUACCUCAUAUGGCAAGUGUAUACAGUGCCACGCCUCAAACAUACCACACUCACUCACAAUCGCCCGCCCCGAUUUCUUAUCAACCUGUCCCUCAAUCUACCGGCUACCAGGCCAUCACGCCCAGUCUGCCAUUGUCCACGCCACAGCCUCCGGCGGCUAUCCCGCAAUAUGCCACCCCGCGGCCUGCCCCUUCGUAUCAACAACCGGUUAUGCAGCAGCCUCCCGGUGGGUACAGAGCACCACAGCCAGUCGAGGUGUACGUCUUGCCGGAUCAUGCCAAUGCUUCGAUUCCUGCAGAUGUUCGGGAGCAAUUCCAGCGAGACGAGCAAGGCCGCGUUCUAUUCUUCACAGCUCCUCCGGCCAAUGACCCAGGUCUUGUGAAGGGAGAGGGCCAAGCUCUGGGUCACUCGGCGCGCUACAUCGCCAUGAGAGCGAAACGUGAUGUCCAACGCGCCGCCAAACGCAAGGCUGAUGAAGCGGGUGCGGCCGAGCGUGAGGAGACAGCGAAGAAGGCGCGUGAGGAAGCGGAAGAGAAGCUGAAGAAGGAUGUCGAGGCUCUCCGCGUCAAGGCUAUAGAAUGUCUUGAAGAUCAGCUUGCUUUGGCUACAAAAAGCGAAUUACAGGCGCUGCUGGGCAACGACAACGCGGGGGCAUUAGCGAAGAGCUUGGACCGACUGAUGGAGGUUCAGGGCGAUGCGAUAUCCAAGCGUCUGGCAAGAGAGGCCAAGUUGGAGCAGCAGAAAGCGGCUUCACAGAUACCUAUUACGGGAAUGACUGUCCGUUUGGAGGAGCAGAUCUGA